AUAGUCCCUUUAGAGUAUCAUAGAUUAACAUUAUAUCAAAUUAAAGCGUGUUUAAAAGUACAAACUCCUGAAUUAGUUAUAACUUUUUAGUGAAAUAACUAGAUAAUGGAUGACUCCAGUAGAAUUGAAGAUUUACUUGAAUGCCCUAUUUGCUUGGAGCGUCUUGACGAGCGUAGUAGAGUAUUGCCGUGCCAACACACUAUAUGCUUAAGUUGUCUUGGGAUAAUUGUUGAAAGUAAAGGGCAUCUUCAAUGUCCGGAAUGCAGAACAAGUUAUGCAAAUUUAUCAAUUGAAAAAUUACCGAGAAAUGUUUUGCUAGUAAGGUUACUGGAAGGAAUAAAAAACAGUAAAAGAAGCUUAACAAAAGCAUCAAAAAGGUUGUCAGCAAAGGUUAAAUAUGAAGCAUUAUCAAACCAGCCAUGUGCAAGAGGCCUUUAUAAUUUUAUUUCCUCUGAAGAAGGAGACUUGUCAUUUAACAAGGGUGAUGUUGUUACAUUAUUGCGAGAGAUUGAUGAUAAUUGGUGGGAAGGUGGUUUAAAUGGCAAACGUGGUUCUAUUCCUAAGAAUUUUGUAGAAACUUUAAUUCCAUUACCUAAAAUAGAAGAUGACUUAAUAAAAGCCCCAUUUGCCAAAGCUUUAUAUAGUUAUGAAAGUAAAGAUGAAAGUGAAAUAAUAUCAUUUCGUGAGGGUGAUAUAAUUGGUGUUAUUAAAAAAGUUGAUGACAAAUGGCUGGAAGGGAUAUUGGCAGGGCAAUAUGGCAUUUUUCCGCUCAAUUUUGUCCAACUAAACAGAGCUGCCAAAGAAGUUAUGUCAGGAAAUGGGAGUAGUGGAAGUAAUUCUGAUGAAGAGCCAGAAAGUUUAAAGACAGAAUCAAAGUCUUAUAAAAAUGUUGUUUAUAUGAAACAACAUUCUAUUCCUUUGGCAACUUGUGAGCAAACCGAUAAUGCACCAAAAAGAAAUACAAUUCAUAUUGAAAAUCCUUCUGAAAAAGGACUAUCAAAAAACCUCAAUCUUAUUGAUUCUGAGGUAAGAGCAAGAACACAAUCAGUGAAUGCAAGAGUUUUGCUAGAACAAAGUGAGUCUCAUACAACUUCUACUACUACAAAUUCAACUACAACUAAUUGUUCGCAAUAUUUUUUACAAACACCAAAUGAACAGUUUCAGCUCACCAAUCCUAGUAUCUCUUUAACUUCUAGCUUAACAACCUCAGUCAGUAAUAAAUCAGAUUCUUUUUCCACAUGCUCAAUAACUUCAAGUCCUUCUUCAGAUAUAUAUGUUGCUCUAUUCACUUAUUCUCCAUCCAAAGAUGAUGAGUUGGCUUUAAUUCAAGGAGACAAAUAUCAUGUUAUUGAAAAGCAUUUAGAUGGUUGGUUUAGAGGUAUGCAUAUGCGUUCAAAACAAACUGGUGUUUUUCCUGGAAACUAUGUCAAGUUAAGCAGUCAACUUAAUCCAUUGGUUUAUACCACGAAUGCUGUCGGUUACAGUUCUAAUCCAGCUUCGCCUACUCAAAUAAGCAAUGUACCUAUUUUUAACUUUCCAUUAACUACAUCCAAUGAUAAUUCUUCUGAGGUGCUUGGUGCAUCAGCUGUUGACACUCCUUCUGGUAGCCCAAGUCGAAAUGGAAUGUCUGGAAUUUUGAAGAUCCUUAAAAAAAAUAAAUCAAAAAGAAAUCAUCAUUCUUUACCACAGCCACCAUGUUUUCCGACACAAACAACUCCAUUUCCACCUUCUUACUACCAUUCAUCUAUGCCUGCUCCCCCACAUCAUCGUUUAUCUCGUCCAAUGCCAUUGGUUCCUGCUGAACCACCUCCACCUUAUACACCACUUUCUGAAAGUGUUAUGUUCCAAACAAUUAAUGAGCAGACUCCUGCUUCUCUACCUUAUAACGGAGAAAAGUUUCAAGCUGUUGCAACUUACCCGGCUGCUAACGCAGAAGAACUUUCUUUCUGUGUUGGUGAUAUUAUUUAUGUAAUUACGAAGAAAAAAGAUGGUUGGUACAAAGGAAUGUCUGCGCGGACUGGUUCUAUAGGGUUAUUUCCUUCGAAUUUCGUCAAAGUCUGCUCAUGAUGUAUGCCACGUGCUGCUUUAUUUAUUACCCUACUUCCCUCUUUAUCAAAUUAUCAGGUAUGCUUUGGUUAUCAUUGCAGCUGUUGAUGCACUACUUAUCAAUGUGCUUAUCAAUUUAUUUAUCAAUGUAACUAUCGAUAAUAUUAAAAGCGUUUCAAUAGUGGAAUUGCGAUAAGUUUAUAAAUUAAGUUAAAUAGUUUAACCUCCCCAGGUUAUUAAUUUAAACUUUAGUUUUCUCUAAGAGAAAAAUUUUCAUAGAAGUUAUUUUUAACUAGUGUUUUAGAUAAGCACACACAUUUAAUUUAUUUUUAAUUAUUAUUUUACUUUGCAAAUUUGUCCUCGCGUUUUAUGUGAGCUUUUAUUUUUUGUUCUUGAUUUUUUUUAUUAUUUUAUUCUUUGCGUUUAAGAUUGUUCGCAUUUUGUUUUUUUGGUUUUUAUUGUUAUCUCAAUUUAACAGUUAAACGCCUAGUUAUGUUGGAUUAUUAGAUACAUUUACUUAAGCAAAUUGUAAAUUUUAUAUUUUUAAUUUCAAAAAAAAAAACUGAAAAUAUAUUUAAAAA